GGUCCACAACCCCCCAGGUGAUUCUGCCAGACCCUCCUGGAGCCCCGACCCCCAUGAGGGUGGGAGCGAGCGUCGGGGCAGCACUGGGGCCGCCGUUGAAGGAACUGCAGCAUGGGAUAGGCGGGUUUGUUUGUGUCAUCGGAAAGGGGAAGCGGUGAGAUGGUUGAGCCAGAGGCCCCCGUGAGCAAACCAGCUGCACGGUUGUUGCUUCCCCGAUGAGUCUCCGCUUCUCCGCUCCUCUAUUUGCUUUGGCAGCUGGAGACGAAGCCGGGCCUGUCAGGAGCAAGUGCACACGGGGAACCCGCCAGAGUGAUGCCUCCAUCCCUCAGGGGUCCGACUGCAAGCCAUGCUUACAGGAAUUCACCGACCGCAGCACCCCUGCUUUGGAGUAUCACAACCCCAAAAGCUUCCUCCCAUCCCUGAUUGCUGAGGAUGACACCUUCUGCUCCAGCAUGGCUGAAGAUAAGGAGGACUCAUCUUCCACAGAGCUGGAUGUCCCAGCAGCAGACUCACACAGCAGUAUGGACGAUCUCCUCUCAGACUCUGCUCUCCAUGGCACAGAGUAUUACAGAGAUCUGGGACUCCUGAGCCCACCGAUUGCCAAAAGAGUGCCAGAAGUGGCAGUGCAGCCAGAACAAGCAACCCAGGCUGUGUCUGCCAUUCACUUAUUGGAAGAGAGACCAGGGGCUCUGAGCAAAAUUUCUGUGGAUGUUGCUUUCUCCAAUCCCAUUUCCUGCUCGGUACGUUACAACGAGGCCGACUGCCGCUUUCUGAACAAAGGCCACCUUUGCUCCUGUGCAGCAGUGCAGGAAGAUGGUACCAGCUCUUCUGAGUGUCCUGCAGAGGCAGACAAAGAGCUGGACCUGCAGGAGGCCACGGAGUCCUUCCCCACGCUGGUGAGAUCUAUGUCUACCUCUCGGAGGCACAGCUGGGAGAGCCCUUUAUCACCCAUGGACUGCAAGCGCAGGUUCAGCCUAGAUGCCACAGAGAUAGGCAGCGACGCAGAGCAGGAGGAUGUGGAGAAGCGGAGCCGGUCCUGCCCGCAGCCUGGCGUGUCCCUUCAGCCAGGGGAGCUGGAAACCUGGAGCAGCAGUGCAGGUGGCAUGGUGAUCAAAGUGGAGAUAGAGCCGUUGCACCCAAACCUCGCGGUCAGCCCUGGCUUGGAGGAGGGGGAACGUGGCAGCAACGGGAAGAGACUGAGGUCGAAGUCUGUCCCAUCAGCCUGCGAGAUGGUUGCCUCCCCUCAGAUACCUUGCAGUCUGGACACUUCUCUUCCAGCUGUGGAAGGUGUUGAACCCCCUGCUCUGGAGAGGCUGGAGAAGGACCACGUGUCCCCAGACCAUGUGUUAAUUGUCCAGCAGGUACUUCAGGAGCUGAAACAAUAUCAUGGGGCGAAGCAGAGAGUUUGUGUGCAAGGCAGCAGCGAUUCUUCCCAGCAGAACCUCACCUGGUUUGAGUUCCUGUCUAAUGAAAAUGAGGAGAGUGGAAAGAGCGAUAAAGCAGAGAAAGGCACGAAGGUGAUGCGACGCCUGAGUUCCCUGCGGAGCCGAGUCACCGGGUCCUGGCAGAAGGAUAAGGGUAAGAACAAAGAGCAGCCAAAAGAGAAAGAGAAGGAGAAAGAGACCAAGGAGCCAAAAGAGAGGUGGAAAGAGAUCAAUAGGCACCAGCUUGUGCCCGGGGUUUUCUCCAGCUGCACCAGCUGCUCACUGUGUGCCAAACCUCUUGUGAAUAAAAGUGGUCUGCAGUGCCUGAAUUGUGCAGUGAAUGUCCAUAAGAACUGCAAGAGCUUACUGGCUGAAUGCAGCAGCGUCAGACCCAAGCAGAAAGAUUUGCAGCACAGACCUUCUGGAUCUCCACAAAGUUCGCCCCAGUGCAUUUCCCCAGCCGCUUCUUUGAAGGAGCAGCCCCGAAGUCUUCUCCUGGGACCGGAUGGCACCCCAGUACUGUCACGGAAUCUCGGUAUGACUAUCGCCCAGAGAGGAAAUUCUCAGUCGUCGUUGAACACUGCUGGAGCUGUUAAUAAAUUUGGACUAAUUUCAGGAGACAUGGAUGAAGGGGAUUCAGGCUUUAUAAAAUUUAAGCAGACUUCAGAUGAUGUUGUUUCCCUUGCACCUUCAACAGCAGACUCCAUUUUUCUGGAAGAUGCAUAUUCUGUCUGCCUCCGAAGUGAAAUAGAAACAGAUGCUCAUGAGUUUGAGGCAGAGUCUUGGAGUGUUGCAGUGGAACAGUCUUAUGCAAAAAGGCAAAAGAAAGAUGUUGUAAAAAGGCAAGAUGUCAUUUAUGAACUAAUGCAGACUGAAAUGCACCAUGUUAGGACACUGAAAAUAAUGCUGAAGGUAUACUCCAGAGCCAUGAGAGAGGAACUGCAGUUCCCAAACGCAGUCAUCAACAAGCUCUUCCCCUGUGUGGAUGAGCUGCUGGAGAUGCAUGGGCAAUUUCUGCUCCAGUUAAAGGAGAGACGAAAGGAAUCCUUGGAAGAAGGCAGCGACCGAAAUUACAUAAUCCAUAACAUUGGAGACCUCUUGGUAAAACAGUUUUCAGGUGAAAGUGGGGAGAGAAUGAAAGAAAAAUACGGUGUGUUCUGUUGUGGACAUAAUGAAGCUGUUAGUCACUAUAAAGACCUGCUCCAAAGCAAUAAGAAGUUCCAAAGCUUAAUAAAGAAAAUCGGCAACAGUUCCAUUGUGAGGAGACUUGGUGUUCAGGAGUGUAUCCUUCUGGUUACACAGCGCAUCACCAAAUAUCCAGUCUUGGUGGAACGUAUUAUUCAGAAUACAGAAGCUGGAACUCGAGAUUAUGAAGAGCUGACCCAGGCCCUUAGUUUAAUUAAGGACACAAUCACUCACGUAGAUGCCAUGGUAAAUGAGUGCGAGAAGGGGCAGCGCCUUAAAGAGAUUAUGCAUAAAAUGGAGCUAAAGUCAUCUGGGAAAUGCAAGAAUGGGCUUUUCUUCCGGAAGGAUGACAUGGGACAGAGGCGGCUUCUGCUGGAUGGGAUGCUGUACUGGAAAGCUGCAUCAGGGCGACUCAGAGAUAUUCUGGCAGUCCUGUUAAAUGAUGUACUGUUGUUCUUACAAGAAAAGGACCAAAAAUAUACAUUUGCAUCAGUGGACUCUAAACCACCAGUUAUCUCAUUGCAAAAGUUGAUUGUAAGAGAGGUAGCUAAUGAGGAGAAGGCAAUGUUCUUAAUUAGUGCUUCCUUAAAAGGACCAGAAAUGUAUGAAAUUCACACAAGCUCGAAAGAGGAGAGGAAUUCCUGGAUGGCACACAUCCGCAGAGCUGUGGAAAGCUGUCCUGAUGAAGAAGAAACAUUUAAUGAACCUGAAGCAGAGAGGAGGCUGGCUGAAGCAAGAGCUGCCAAGUUAAAAGAUUUUCAAGAGCGUUUGAACAUGAAAGAUGACCUGAUUAUUCAAAGCCUAACGGAGAAGCAGCAGAUUUAUCUAGAAAUGUCUGAAAUGAAUGGGUUUGAAGACCAUUCCCAAGGAUCCCGAUCUAGGCAACUUCUUCGGGGGGAUAUCUCAGAAAAUCUGCAAGGAGAGGCUAUUUUGAAGUCCGCAGUGACAGAAGCUGAAAAUCUCCAGAACCUUAUCUUCACUCACUUAAGCAAUGGAUCCUGUCAGCCUGACGAUGGCUCUGGGUCAGGAUUCCCCAGGAGAGCGGAGACCUUUGGAGAAUGUGACAAUAGUCCUCCAGUUUCAAAUAAAAGUGGUAGCUUUAGGAAGAACAGUGGUGGUGACCAGAGACAGUGGGACUUGAGAGGCCCUGUUGUAAGUUCAGAUGUGCAACUCCAUGACCUCCCUUCUGAUGCAGAAGAAGGAUCUCAAACAAGUGAGGUAACGAGGCUGGAUGACAGCAGUGGUUCUCAGCCCACCAUAGAGUCUCAGCUUGUCCAAAGGAUACAAACACUGUUACAGCUGCUCUUCAGUCUUCAGGCAGUGAUAUCUCAGCAGGACAGCUACAUUGAGAUGCAACGAGCCACCAUGGUAGACCGGGAGAAGCAAUACCGGCUGCAGUCUACGCGAGGCAAUCUGCUGCUGGAGCAGGAGAAACAGCGGAACUUUGAAAAGCAGAGAGAAGAACUGAUGAAUGUACAGAAACUCCAGAGCCAGCUGAAGCUGGACCAGCAACGCCUGGAACGGGAAAAGAGUCGGCAGCAGAGGGAAUUUGAACGCACGGAAGCCCGGCUGCAGGAGCGUGAAGAGGAGACUCGGCAGCUGAGAGAGAAGUUGAAUCAGGAGAGGGAGGAACUCGAGAGGCAGCGAGAGGCCUAUCAGCAUGACCUAGAGAGGCUGCGGGAAGCCCAGAGAGCAGUCGAGAAAGAGAAGGAGCGUCUGGAUCAGCUAAGGAAGCUGAAGAAGCAGAACACGGUGUCGGGCACGUUCUCCCCAGAAAUGGGACAGAACCAGGUGCUGAGUCAUUCUGUUAACUUCAAUGGAGAAGGGGUGGAACCAUCUCCACCGGUCCUGAAAACCUCUGUGAGAGUGAGCGUCGCCGGGAUGGAUUACCUGGAACGGCCAGACUUGGUUCGCAGGGACAGCACCACCCUGGAGAAUCGUCCCGUUCUUGCACUGAAGAACGAAGUGCCAAUACAUCUCCUGAGUGCAACUAAUCAGAUACAGAAACCAGCCGCAGUCCAGCAGCAGAUUCCGACUAAGCUGGCCACUUUUACAAAAGGAAGCAAAGAGAAAGGUGGGAAGAACAAAGCAUCUCAUAGGACAGACAGUUCAGCAUCUUUUGAUCAGAAGCAGCUGCUUCCCCCCAGGCUUGUUGGACGAGAGGAGGGUGUCCUGAGAGGCAGGCGAUCAGCAAGUCCAGUCCUCCCAAGCAGCCAGACCGCUGCAUUCCAGCCAGAAUUGUAUGGCCCUACAGAUGCUCAGCCGGAAGCACUUUCAUCUGCCUCAGCGAACCUAUUCAAGCCCAGUAAUGUUCCCGUUCAGACCCUGGUGACCUCUCAGCCGAGUCUGUUAAAUGUGCAAGAUGAUACCAGCAAAGAAGAUGUGAUUUUCUUCUAAUUGUUUCCAUUUAAAGUUGAAUCUUCUGACAUACUGUUUCAAGAACUCAGGCCCCAGUGUGCAACGUGACAGACGCCUGACGCGGAUGUCUUUUCGUCCCUGCCCCGUUACUACUAGCAAGGACCAGACCAGGAUUACUGCCCUACCUUGGCUUCUCUGCCAGCAGCUCAGAAUGAGGGCACAGUAGUAACAAUUUGCUUUUAAAUUCUCCAAACAUGGAAAUGUUUUGACACAUGGCAUGGGUAUAUAAAGUCAGAGCACAUUAAAGUGCUGCCAUUUAUUGUAACUUCCUCUUUUCGGAGAAUGUACGCUCUUUGUGGGCACCAUCUUGUAAAUUGUUAUAGUUGAUGUUGAACCGCCCAGAUCUUUACGUAAAAAGUUUUAGUAGUAGGCCCCAAAAUGGCUGCGAAUUUUUAACUCCAUUUUCACAGGUACAUGGUCAGUAACAGGUUAUGCUAACAGUGUGUCGAUAACUAGCUGAGUAGCCAGCCAGUCUCCUUGCAGCUGGGCGUGACACACUGUGAUGCCCGCUCAGGGGAGCCAGGCUAGCAUCUCUCUUUCUUUAGUGAAUUCAGUGGAAGAGAGAAGGUAAGCUUCUUAACAAGUCUUCAGGGUCAGGAGCUCCACCUGCUUGUGGAUGAGAAGGGUUGGACGUGUGAGAAUGUACAACGGUAACGAAGAGUUGGAGUAAAUGCACAUUUCAUUGGCCAUCAGCUUGCGCCGGGAUACCUGCCUCCUUGGAGGCACUGGGUACCUCUCUAUGUUAGUGAGAGCGGUACAGGUUCCCAAGCAAAACUCAUGAGCUGGUUCAGAAUGAACUUAGAGACUCAGAUUUUGUUCUUUGCUGAAGACGUGUGUAAGAAGCGUUUGAACGCAGUAAUUUAUUGUCUUGUUUAGUCCUACGUUUUCUGCAUCUCUUGUUUGUCUGUUAACUUGUCGGGACUUUACUCCAAGUACCAGAAGAUAUCAAAGCUGCUGUUACUGCAGAGACUUCUCUGCAGCACUGUGUUAGGAAUGAAGGGAAUAAGAACUGUUUGGUUUUAAAAUUUAAAAAAAAAAAAAAAAGUACUCUUAGCUAAACCUGUGUUGGUUUCGCUGCUCACAGCUAAACCAGCUUUGAUACCUCUUGUUAAAUGGGUCAGUUCUUAAUCAUGGAAUGGUGAUGACGUUAAGUGUUCUGCUCAGAAGGCAUUAUUUCCCUUUGUAGUAAUUUGCACAGUCAUUUUGUUGUAUUCUAUUACUUCACUCUGUAUCUCAGUUCUUUACUACGCACAUCGCCUGAGGAUGUGUAUUCCAAUAUAUGUUAAAUGUGACCGGUCAGAUGUGUUGUGUGCAGGAGAGAUUGUUCAGAGGGUGUUACUACAGAAUUAAAGAAAUCAGUAUCUCAGAGCUUAAAAACUUGGGUUAAUACCUUUCAAAACAUGACUGAUAAUAGUCUUUUCCCUAUCUUUAACCCUGGUUUAAACUUUUUCACCCCGAUGGAUGGAAUGCCUGGUCAGUUCUCCAUCCAGUCGCGUGGUAAUGGCAACUGGUCAGUCAAAUCUUUGAUGCUAUCUCAGUGGUCAGGCCCUCUGUGACAUUAGUAAUGUUGUUUAAGGCCGUAACUUCACUGUUCUUGAAAGUUUUAAAAUUAUUUCUGUAGUUACAGUGCAAGAAACAUUAUAAAUUAUCAGCAGAAAAUACAGAGUUUGUUUUCAAGUGGUGAUAAUUUGGGUGGUUGCCUUCAGACAAGAAAUGGAAAAAUCCAGAUUUACUUGUCAGCGUGAGCGGGAAGAGAUAAGCUACAAAAUAGCGAGUUGGUGUUAGGGAGCGAGCGCUCCUUGCUGGAACACUUCUUGGAUUUAAGGGCCUUUUUUCUUUGCUGAGCGAUACUGGUAUAAGCCUGAAGCAAUGGCACUGAGUUCAGUGAGAGGAGACUCCAAACCAUCUGGCUUGUUGCCAGACUGCUGAUGCUCCCCCACCCCCCAACAAAUUAUUGCUGUGAAAUUGGACACGUUUCAUUAUAAUACCAAAGGGCUGUUUGGUAAAUGAUCGGCACUGCAGAACUUACACAGAUUAUCAGCGGUUAGAUCUACAGAAAACAGUAUGGGGAGCACAGCGAUUUUUGCCUUGUUGUGAUACGAUGUUGAUGGUUAGAACACGGUUCUACCCUAUAUUCAUUUUUUACAUUCCUAAAAGUGAGGUUGGAAUGGAGGGGAAUUCUUAAAAUUAACGUAGCUUCUGAUCAAGCCAGCGCGUGAGAUCCGGCAGCUCUGAAGGACCCGUUUUUCAAUCGGUUGAUGUAGAGACUCCAGCCAUCUCCAAUACCCGUGUCAUUUCUCCUGUAAACCUUCAGUGAAGCAGCAAGAAUGCACAGUAUGUCCUCUCCUUCGUGCUGCGGUUUGGGCCGCUCCUAGCUGAAAGCUCUAUGCCCCGGUUGCCUUAAAUUACCAGGUUUUUAGGAGUUUUAGCCUAAAGCGAAGUUGCAUCAGUGGAAUAAACCACCUCAACCAAA